AUGGAAAACAGGAACUUUGAAGGGUUUGUCUUCACGUUUUAUUCAAAAACAAGCCAACUUAAUAACUCAAAAAUUAAAGAACAGCCGCCUAAUCCAUCACAUGCAGCGAAAUCUGACGCAAACCAUAUAUUGAAACCCUUGAAAAUGAUUAGAGAAAAUUUGAAAAAAAUCAGAAGGGCUCCUCCUUUGGCCAAAAGAGAAGCACUGGCGAUGGAUGAAAGCUACCAAAUUAAUACCACAGAAAGACAUAUCAGGGAAAGCACGCCUCCAGGCAUGAUGAGAUCAAAAAGCUCUUUUUGCAACCUGAGAGAGGCAGCUGAGAAUUCAGAUAUAUAUAUUUUCAACAGAGUAAAAAAAUAUGACAAAAAAGACAAUGUUUGUAAACUCCCUCCGAUUAUACAUCAUUAUAAGAAAAAGCAUUUCGUUUAUCCUUCUAUUGUAGGUAGAGGAUUUAAAAUCAACUUGCUUGCAUAA